AUGAGGGUAACUUCUAUCUUCUCACUUCUCCUCGUCAUCCUCGUCGCCACUUUCUUCUCUCCGACGGAAGCUGGCAAAUGUCGUGGGAGAUACAUGGAAAUGAGAGGAGGAGACGGCUUCGUGGCUCGUGGUGGUUGUCGUGGACUGGAUUCUCAGAUUCAGGAAGAGUAUUGGACAACCGUCGGCUUUGAUGGAGCUCUUCGCGAUGGUCGAACCACAGAUGACUUCCUGGUGUUCCCGGAAAACGAUAACAACGGACACCUCCAACGAAACUCGUUUGUCGGGUACUGGAUCACCCGCUCAAAGUACGGAGAGAACGUCCACUACGAGGCCUUCGGCCACGCCUUCAUCAAGCCUGAUGGAAAGGUGUGUGGGUGGUUCGUUGGGUCUCAAAAGGAGGUAGUCGAGGUCUGCGGCGGCUUCCGAGUGCUCAGCCGAUCCCGUUACAACCCACACCAACCCCUCCCCUUCGAAUGGGUUCAAGGAGAACAUCUUCGCAAUCGUGACGUCCUCGGAUUCCACCAUCACAAGAUCGCCAAGUACGAGGUCAACGGAGACGAAGUUCUCUUCGGAGACGCUGAUGUGAAAGCGAAAAAGUUCAAUGGAGUGUCAAUUGCCAACGAGCAGAAAGUCGAGGUGGAUUCACCAGAAACAUUCAAUCGAAAAAUUUGGCUCUUAAAGAAGAAAACUCAACAACCAACCGAUAACCGUGUUCCAAUGAAUAUCAUUGCUGAACCAAGACGUCGUGAGGAUCUCGACAUCUACAAGGACCCACAUCAUGAAGAGAGAAUCACAAAUUGGAGAUUGUAUCCGUAUUAUGAUCAAUACGGUCGUCCAAGUGGCUCUCAAACUGAUGCUCACCGUCCAGCAUACGAUUCAUCUGGAAGACGUAUUCGGUUCGAUGGUCCAUCUUCUUCUUCGUCAUCAUCUAGCUCUGACUCAGGAUCUGGAUCAGGAUCUGGUUCCAGUUUCGGUUCAUCAUCAUCUGCUCAAAACAUCCAAAACGUACCAAACAAUCAGAACAAUCAAAUUUCCCACAACUAUCAAUACUAUGAUUCCCAACAACAGCCGCCAAGAAAUCAUCCAGGGUAUGAAGAAUGGCUGAGAAAUCAGUACAGAAUCAGAGGAAUUAUUCCAAGAGGAUACAAUGAAUACUUUAAUGCUCAUAGCAAUCAAGAUGCUGUCUAUCAGAAUCGAUAUGGAAGUUCUAGUGGAAACGGAAACGCUCAAGAGACAAACAGAGAAUUCGAACAACCAGCGUACAUUCUUCAACCAAACUCCGGAAACUCCGAGAACAAUGAAAACAAUCAAGUGUUCUAUGAGGGAGGAAGAAACGAAAAUCAAUUGAAUUUCGGAAAUGCUGAUUCUGAGAAUUCGAGAGAUGAUCUGGGAGAUAGUGGAAGUAACUCAAGAAAUUCUGAAACGGGAGAGACAUAUUACUCAGUGAAUCCAGGAGAUCCAGUUGAUGCAUCUGGAACACAACCCCGAGUUGAUGGAGAAUUCAGACAGGUCAAAAAUCCAGGAGAAGAUGAAAGAGAUGCAGGAGAUUCGAAGAAUGUUGUUAUUCCAAAGAAUCAAGAUGCCCAGCAACAACACAUCCGUUUCAUCCGUUAUCAUCCACCAACCGUAAUCCGCGAUAAGAAGGGAAAUUCGUAUGAUAGAAGAGUGGAAAACGGAAAAGUUCACUACAUCGACAAAAGUGGAAAUGAGGUUAAAACGAAGAUCGAUGACACAGCCAUUGAUAUGAAGAUUGAAAGAAUCCUUGAAAACCGUCGUCGCCAAGAAGAGAAUCUGAGGAAUCUUGUAGAAAACUCUGAAUCCGAAGAUGGAUCUGAUCCAAUUUCAGCAGCAGAAGUGGCACGACAAGGAUGA